AGCGACCUGUCUGAAGUCCCACAGUGAGGAGGACGGAGAGCAGACAAGAUGGACAAACUUCUUCUGCUCAUCAUGGCUGCAUCAGGGCUGAGUGCUGUCUCAUCAGCUGCUGGACUUCAGUACUAUUUUGUUUAUGACAGGAAGAACUUUACUGAAGCCCAAAGAUACUGCAGAGAGAAACACACAGACCUGGUCACUGUAGACAGCAUGGAGGUUAUGAAGAUCCUGACCAACACGGCAGAUUUAGACAACAUGUUCUACUCCAACAACAGCUACAGAGCCUGGAUAGGACUGUCCGGUGGCAGCUGGAGGUGGUCACUGUCAGACCCAAGUUUCUACAAACCCGGGGAGACAGAUUUCAGACGAUGGUACCCUGGACGACCAAACACUGGAGACAGUGGACAAAUCUGCACAGCGAUGGGUUCUGAUGGACUCUGGUACGACCACAGUUGUGACAUCAUGCAUCAUCCAAUCUGCGCAGAUGUCAGAGCCUGA